AAACCCCAAAACCCUAUCCAUCCUCUGGUUCUUGCCGCCACCCUUCUCUUUCUCCUCCCUCUUUCGCCCUAUCAGCACGCAUCUCCGCCCUCUAACUUUUCCUCCUCCUUCCUAUCUCCCUCUCUACGGCAACCGCGCCGCCGCACGCUAUCUUCCGCAGCUGAACAUCGUCCACGCCAUCGCCCUUUUAUUUCAUCUCACCUAAACUCUCUCCUUCUGAGUUUCGGCAACAAUGGCGGGAGGCAAGAUGAAAAGGGAGAAGCCAAAGGCGUCGGCGAAGACUGCACCGUAUCAGGGAGGAAUUUCGUUUCACAAAUCCAAAGGUCAGCAUAUUCUUAAGAAUCCCAUGCUAGUCGACUCUAUUGUUCAAAAAUCUGGAAUUAAAAGCACCGAUGUGAUCCUCGAAAUCGGUCCCGGUACUGGAAAUCUCACCAAGAAGCUUCUAGAAUGUGGUAAGAUGGUUAUUGCAGUCGAGCUCGAUCCUCGUAUGGUUCUCGAGUUGCAGAGACGGUUUCAGGACACUCCCUAUUCUUCUCGCUUGAAGGUUAUUCAAGGAGAUGUACUCAAGACUGAGCUUCCUUAUUUUGAUAUAUGUGUGGCAAAUAUUCCUUAUCAAAUAUCAUCUCCUCUCACAUUCAAGUUGCUAAAUCAUCAACCAUCUUUUCGAUGUGCGAUCAUAAUGUUCCAGAGGGAAUUUGCAAUGAGGCUUGUUGCUCAACCUGGGGAUAAACUCUACUGUCGUUUGACUGUAAACACCCAACUCCUAUCUCGAGUAUCUCACCUCCUGAAGGUCGGCAAGAACAAUUUUCGUCCUCCACCAAAGGUGGACUCGUCGGUAGUUCGAAUCGAGCCAAGGAAGCCACGAAUUGAAGUAAAGCAAAAGGAGUGGGAUGGGUUCUUGAGAAUCUGCUUCAAUAGGAAGAACAAAACUCUUGGAUCAAUUUUUAGGCAGAAGAGUGUUCUUUCUUUGCUAGAGAAGAACUACAAGACCUUAUGUGCACUGAAUAUCCCACAGCAAGGUUCUGCAGACAAGGAUGAUGGUGAUUUUGAUUAUUCGAGAUUUGGCAAUUCGAAUGAGGAUCAAACCAUGGAAGUAGACGAUGAUGGAGCUGACGAGGAGAUGGAUAUGGACGGUAGCGACGCCGAAGGUGGAGAAGGGGAGGCUUCUGAAUUCAAGGAUAAAGUCAUGGGUGUUUUGAAGGAGGGAGAUUUUGAAGAAAAGAGGUCAUCUAAACUCAGCUUACAGGAGUUCUUAUACUUGCUCUCUUUGUUCAACAAAGCUGGCAUACAUUUUUCUUGAAUUUGUUAUGUUCUUGAAGUUCUUCCCUACAAUAACCAAUUUUGUCCUCCCCCACCCCCUGCUGAGUUUUGUGACCACUUUCCAUUAUUCCCCUCUGAAGUAGUAAAGUUAAACCAAGUUUGUUGCGUUUUCUCCUUUCCUGCUUUAUGUCUGGCAAUUGAGAUGCUAUUCUUGUCCUUUUAUUGUACUAAACGAAGUAUGUAUUCUUUUA